GUCACAGCGUGCAUGUGAGUCACAAACCAUGUCCACCAGCUCACGACAAGUCAGCCCACGACGAUGCCGCCCCCCGCGAGGAUCUCAGUGAAAUCUGAAGGGGCGAUAAAUUAAUUCAUGGCAUGGCAGAUGAAGAGGAAGAAGUAGAAGAAGAAGAAGAAGUGGAAGAUAAGAACCAAAUACUUCACAGAACAAAAGAACAAAAAUAUUGAGUGCCAAUUCGACGGAGGAUUUGGCACGGAAGUGCCCGACAGCCGCCACUUUUGAAGCUGAGCCACUUCAGCGAGGUGAUGUGUUGGUGAUGCUGCCUCUCUCCUCGCGAGGUUGCGUCUUCCCCGUACCCAACACCGCUGCAGGGAGCAUCGUAUAGGGAGCAAGAGGGAGAGAGAGAGAGGUGUGAGGGGACAUUUUUUGCGAUGGUGUUAGGGCUGCAGAAUCUGGCAGGAUUGUGCUCCUCGCUGCUGGGGUCGCACGGAACUCUGCGUGUGGGUGCUGCGUCUGUGAUGGCUCCCCCUCGGACCCUGAGUGUUGCUGUCAAUGCCAAGACUGCGGUGCCCUCUGAUGACGAGGUAUUGUCUGAAGAUGGCUUCGCCACAAAAGUUGCCAUCCUGAAUAGGCCGAAGAAGCUGAAUGCCGUCAACGAGAAUAUGAUUGAUCGACUGCUGGAGCUUUACGUAAAAUGGGAAAAUGACAAGCAUGUGCGCAUGGUUAUCCUUGCAGGUGCGGGACGGGGAUUCUGUGCAGGAGGUGAUGUAGCGACGGUAUAUCAUCUUGGGAAGGCCGGUCAACAGGAACGCGGUAAUGCGUUCUUUUACAAAGAGUAUCAUCUCAAUUAUAUUUUGGGAACCUACAAGAAAAUUCAUGUGGCUCUUCUAGAUGGUAUAUGUAUGGGAGGAGGUAACGGCAUCUCUAUGCAUGGAAAGUUUCGAGUUGCCACUGAAAAUACAUUAUUUGCUAUGCCAGAAACUGCCAUAGGCCUUCAUCCUGAUGUUGGGGCGUCGUAUUUUCUCUCAAGAUUGCGGGGCCAUUUAGGUGAAUACCUGGGUCUCACAGGGACCCGUUUGGAUGGAGCAGACUUACUUUCUUGUGGUCUUGCCACACACUUUGUGCCUUCUCAGCGUUUGGCUGAUUUGGAAGAUCGACUUGGUGGUCUCAACACCGGGGAUGCAGGGGUUGUGGGCACUGCUAUUGACGAAUUCUGUGAUGUUGUAUACCCCGGAGACAAGAGCCCGUUGCACCGGAGGGACGUCAUCGCUGAAUGUUUUGGGAAAGAAACAGUGGAGGAGAUUGUAGAGACCCUUGAAGCAAAAGCUGCAUCCUCUGAUGAUGAGUGGUUCUCAGAAACGUUGGCUAUAAUGAAGAAAGUAUCUCCCAUCAGUUUGAAAGUAACACUGAGAUCUAUUCGUCAAGGUAAACAAGAGAGCCUCUUUCAAUGCUUGGAGCGUGAGUAUCGACUCUCAGUCCAUGCUGUUAAUGCAACACAUUCUACGGAUUUCUAUGAGGGUUGUCGAGCCCUUCUGGUAGACAAGGAUAAUAAGCCUCAGUGGAACCCUCCGACUUUGGCAGGGGUUACAACAGAAACGGUGGAUGACAUUUUUGCGCCAUUCCAUCGAGGGGAAAAAGAGUUGAAGCUUCCAGUUCAACAGCGAGAAGGCAGGUCAAUGUCACGUUCACGACUCUGAGGCUCAGAUUCAAGUUCAUUUAUUGCAUCGAAGGCUUGGUGAGAUCAAGCAACCGACAUUUGUUCUGUUUAAUCACUUCAAGCUUUUUGACCGCUGCCAUGAGUGGGUGAUUAUUGAGGUACUAUCAUCGUAUCUCAGUUUAGCACUUGACACAACACUUGUUAGUCAACCUUCGCAGAGUUGCGUCUACUUGGAGACUUAUGUCGUAACGUCUAGACCUGGGAGUCUUGUUUCUGUGGAAGAACUAAAGGUUCUGAUAGGAAGAGUGGAGGCUCAUGGUGUGAUAUUAUACCUGUCUGCUGCACAGCGAUUUAUCCAUUAAGUAAGAUCAGAAGCCAACCAGAUUUCCCUAAAGUUUUCGUUUGUGUUGGACCCCUAAACACGUACCAUUAUCAGUUGAACUUCUUUAAAUCUGGUAUUUCUACCACUCCAUACAUAUGUCUACUAAUUUGAAACUAGUUGCACGUAUCUUUUAAAUAAUUUUUUUUGCAAUUAA